GGUCGGGUCGGGCAGCCGGCCGGAGGGCGCACCUCCCCGCCCCCGCCGGCUCCGCGCCUCCCCUGCGUCUGGGCUUCGAUCCGAGCUGCUCCCGGGAGGAGCGCGCCAUGGCCUUGCGCGUGACCGCCCUGCUCCUGCCGCUGGCCCUUCUGCUCCACGCCGCUGAGGCCCAAGGGUCAAAUCAGUUCCGGAUGUCGCCGAAGGAGGUGAAGGCGACCCUGGGCAAGCCGGUGACGCUGCAGUGCGAGGUGCUGCUGUCCAACGCGGGCUCAGGCUGCUCGUGGCUCUUCCAGAGGCUCGACGCCGCGGCCAGCCCCAUCUUCCUCCUGUACAUCAGCGGCACCGGGAUCAAGAGGGUCCAGGGGCAAGACUCCACGCGAUUCUCCGGCGCCAAGACCAGCAGCGGCUUCCAGCUCACCGUGAACCACUUCCAGGAGAAGGACCAAGGCUACUAUUUCUGCUCGGUCUUGAGCAACUCGGCGCUGUUCUUCAGCCCCUUCGUGCCGGUCUUGCUCCCAGCGAAGCCCACCACCACGCCGGCGCCGCGCCCCCCGACGCCGGCGCCCACCAACGCGCCGCUGCCGGUGUCCCGACGCCCAGAGACGUGCCGGCCCCCGGCGGGCGGCGCAGUGGACACGAGGGGGCUGGGCCUCACCUGUGAUCUCUACAUCUGGGCGCCCCUGGCUGGCACCUCUGCGGUCCUUCUCCUGUCACUGAUCGUCGCCAUCGUCUGCAGCCACAGGAACCGACGCCGGGUCUGCAAGUGCCCUAGUCUAGAAGAGGCUCCUCUCCUUGGCCCUGAGGCAGGAGUCUGCCCUGCAUUCAGCCAGCUUCUCCUCAGAGGCCAGCACUGUGAUGGGGGCCACCAUCUCUCUGAAUCUUCAGAGCAACCUCAUGUGAUAGACACCAUGCUCCCACCUCCCAGAUCGCUGGCUCAGAGAUUAGGAGACCAACUCAAGAUGGCAGAGGCCCGUGGUCAGACCGGGAGGCAAGAUCAACUCUUCAGAGGGGUACAUCUAACCUGGAUACUCGUCAGCCACUACAGGGCUUCAAACUGAGAUCUCCCGUCAGUAGGAUGAGCACCAGCCUUUCCCUUUCGGUUUCUAGCCUGCCUUCUUUGCAUAUUCAUUCCACUGGUAUUAUUUUAAUGGGGUGGGAAAGGUUACUUUAAAAAAAAAAAAAUGUGUUUAUUUUUGAUUGAAGCGAAACAAAGCUACCACGUCUACAGUACACCACAGGAUCACAAUACCACUGUGCGUGCGCAUAUAUUGGAGUAAAGGGUGGAAAGGGGUGGCCAGGGCUGCCACGCCAACUAUGUUCUCAGAAUCCUGCCGGAAGAGCUGGUGGGGACCUUGGCUACGAUUCAGUCCAAACUUCUCCCCGGACCAUUUUACAACUGAGGAGGCUGACAUCCAGAGAUGGGGAACCGCUCGUCCAGCCUCACACAGCAAGUUAGGGUUGGAGCCAGAGCUGAGGGAAACCUUGACUCCCAGCUCAGGCUCUUUCCUCCGCACCACUGAGGUCUCUCUUCCGGGGGCCUCUGUCUCAGACCAUAGCCACAGGGAACAAGCGUUUCAUGAGCACCUACCAUACACCAUGACUGUGCCCACAGUUUCAUAAUGUACUUGAACAAUAACAGACCUUAUAUAGUCAACCAUGAAACCGUAUAAAGACAGUGGGAAUUCAUACGAUAAAGUGGAAGGGGUGAGCUGAGCAGGUGAUAGGAACUGAAUCUCGAAAAAUAAAGUGCUCCAUCGCUAAAGAAGAUUUGUGAAAACCCUUGUUACUGUCGCUAAUUGCUAGUUGCCCUCGAGUGAAUUUCAACUCAGGGUGACCCCAUGUGUGCAGAGUAGAAGUGCUCUACAGGGUUUUCAAGGCUAUGACAUUUUGGAAGCAGAUCGCCAGAUUUGUCUUCCAAGGUGCCUUUGAAAUUUCUCUCCCAGUGCUUGUAUUGCAGAGAGACCCAGGAAAAAGAGACCACCAUUUUACAAAUAUGAUUUGAGCCUGAGUAAAGUUGAAUGGUGGAGCCCUGGUGGUGCAGUGGUUAACAGCUCAGCUGCUAACCAAAAGGUUGGCAAUUCAAAUCCACCAGCCACUCCUUAAACCCUGUGGUGCAGUUCUACUCUGUCCUAUUGGUCGCUAUGAGUUGGAACUGACUCGACAGCAAUGGGUUUGGUUUUACGGGUAAAGUUGACUGGAGGGUCUUGUGAAUGUUGAAAUGUGAGAUACCAUAUUCCAGAAUUAUCAGUGACGUCUGAGGUUUAUAAACCCGAGGUCUCCCGCCAACCAGCAGAACAGACUCUAGUGAGGAGGCUUGUGAAAACUGCUCACCUACACAGGCAUUUCCUCUUUCAUGUUAUGGCAUGUGCUCAACAGGAGACAGCACUGAGAUACAGAAAUAGGAAGCACCCUUAUUCUUUACCUCAAGUAUAAUCCAUUGCUAAUAUUUUCGUAUAUAUUCUUGAUUUUUUUCCAUCAAUAUGUAAAAGGUAUGCUUUGUCUUUUUUAAAAUGGGAUUUCACUAUGCUUUUAUAAGUGGCUUUAAUAAAUAAACAUUUAUAGUAACCUUUUUUAAAAGGUGAAGAGCGUUCCAUUUUGGGUUGUACCAUCAUUUACUCAGUUUGCUAUUACCUGCCACUAAAUUCUUUCACCUCCCUUCCUUUUGUUCUUUCUUGUAAUAAAUCACAAAAGCUACGUUCCUGAGCCUCUUCCCACUUAUUUACACCCAUCUGUGAACACAUUGGAAACCCUGGUGGCAUAGUGGUUAAGUGCUAUGGCUGCUAACCAAAAGGUCAGCAGUUUGAAUCCGGCAAGCGCUCCUUGGAAACUCUACUGGGCAGUUCUACUCUGUCCUAUAGAGUCGCUUGCUGAGUCGGAAUCGACCCAACGGCAGUGGGUUUGAUUUUUUUUUUUUUUGGUGAACACGUUCCUCCAAAGUGAGUCAGGUGAGACAGAAACGCCCAUCUAUGCAGAUGAAAGAACGUGGAUCAGCACACAUGAGUGACACAGACACACAGACACACUCAUAUACUCUGGCUUCUGAAGCUGGUGAUCUGAUUCCUGGGCAAUAAUGACUGAACACAUUACAUUUCAACUGGGCCCUUCUGGAGGUGGGGCUGUGAGCUGAUGAGGUGUCGGGGUGGGGAGCAGUGGGUAGGCAGGAGCAUGGGGGUUGCUCAAUUUCCUUCAGUCCCACUCCAGAAGUGGCCACUACUCCUGAGAGCUGGCCGAACCAUGAUGGAACCAGUCGUGGAGGCUGGGUGGCCUAUGUUGGCACAGAUGCUCAUCCGGCCAGUGGAGACUGACUGAGUGGGUUGUGUGGAGGCUGUAGUCAAAAGCAAGUUGUGUUAGCACUUGGGUUCUUGGGAGAAAGGGCAGGCAGGGCUUUUGGACAUUUAGGGAGGGGACAUCUACCCACAUACACACUCACUGCUACCCCCAAUCCUGGCAGGCAGGUCCCCUGCUAGAAAAGAAAACGGUGGGGUGGGGAGAAGAGAAAGGGAGGGAGGAAAGGACAGAAGAAGGAAAACUUAAAGAAGUCCCUAAAGUAGAAUGUUAAGCAAGUCAACAGACACAGCCCUGCUCAUUUAUGGGAGCCCCCUGACAUCAGAGAUAAAGAGGGCUGUGAGGGGGCCCCUCUCAGCUGGGAGCUUCAUACAGAUCACACUACCUCAUUCCCACCCUCUGCCAAAUGGGUACCAUCACCACCUCAAAGGAGGUCCCGGGCUCGUUCAGCCCCCGGCAUCGUGUUGGGGGUCACGCUGAUGCCCAGAGCAAGGGGGCUCGCAUUGUUUCUGCUCUGCCCCCCAUUUCCUGUGUGACUUGUGGGCUGCCUCUCAACUCCUCUAGACUUCUGUGAUCAUCAAAAGCGAGACACUGACAGCUGCCUUUUGCCAACAGCACUGUGGAGGAGGACCCAGAUGCUUCUGGAGAGUGUCAGAAACAAAAGUGUCUCAUUGUUAUUACUCCUUUCAGCUGAAUGCAGAACAUCUGCUGUAUUUGGUAUUUUUUGUUUUUAUGUUACAAGAGUCCUCUGCAUCCUUUACACAGGGCCUCAUGCUUUUAUUUUUAUUUUUUUCUUGUGGUAGGUACAUAUAUAAGGAGCCCUGGUGGUGUAACUGCGAAGCACUUAGCUGCUAGCUGAGAAGCUGGCAUUAGGAACCCAUCUAGCAGCUUCGCAGGAAGAAAGACCUGGUGAUCUGCCCCCUUAAAGAUUAUGGCCAAUAAAACCCUCUGGGGCAGCCCUACUCUGUCACAUGGGGUCGCAUGAGUCGGAAUCAACUUGAGACCACCCAACAACAAGUAUAUAUAUAGGAAAGCUUUGCCAUUUCAAUGUUGUUUACAUGUACAAUUCGUGCCAUUAAUUACAUUCACCAUGUUGUCCAACGCUCACCACUAUCUUUUUCCAAAAUUUUCCAUUAUCCUUAACAGAAGCUCAGUGUCCCCUAGGCAAUGACUCCCUCUUUCCCCCUCCUUCUCGCUGUUUUCAUUUUUUAUACACAUACUUUAAAAACAUUUUUUUUUGUUGUUGUUGAAGUAAAAUAUACAGAGAAUUGCACAAAUCAUAACCAUACAGCUGGAUGACUUGUCAUGAAGUGAACACACCAAGGUCAAAAAUACAACUUUACCAGCCCUCCAGAAACCUCCUUCCCACAAACAAUUUUUAAAAUGAAGAUACUCUGAGAGAACAGAAAGCAAGAGGAAGAAGUACUCUGCAUGUGGAAAAGCAGAACUGAAGGCUGAGAAACUUCUGUGAGACAAAGACUGGCUCUUCCCCUUUCUCCCAAAGCCAUCCUGCUGACCAGGAAGAGGAGGUGCCCAGAGGCCAAGGGCAGCUCAGAGCAGGCACCAGGCUCUGAGGCCUCCCUGAGAAGCAGCGCCUGGGCCGUGGGCUCAGGGAUCUCUCUGGGCUUGCAGUCAGUCCCAUUGCUGGGACAGGUGAGGAGGAGUGCCCCACAAUGGGUCACUCCCUUCCUCAUGGGAGAAACUUGUGAAGAAUCUGGACCAAGGUGAAACUAGGGCAAGGGCAUUCCUGUCAUAAGUGACAUUUCCUUUUCAACAUUCAGCUUAGGUGCUGGGGCCACAUUUGGGAGGCUCCAGAUGGGGGCAAAUCCUUACUAAUUAUUUUAUACCCUCAGAGGGUUUCACUUACCACAAAUAAAAUGGCAGACAAUAGUUUGGAGAAUAAUCAAUAUAGGAAAAAAUAUCCAUUAGUGUUGGUCCUUAGGUCUGGGGUGGGGUGGAAGGGGUAGAAAGGAGAAAUGAAAAGGAAUCUGUAGGCCUGAGGGUCUAAACAUGCUAAAGGUAGGCUGUGAAUUCUGGCUCAGGGCUGGCUGGUGACCAACCCAUUUGUUCCAGAGGCGGAAGGAGCAGCCAGCAGUUGAAUGGUGGCAGCCUCAGGCCCAACAGUGACAUUUCAUUUGCCAGCUGCUAACCUGAAGCACAGGUUAUAUGAAUCUUCAUACUAUUUGGAAGAUGCCCACAGCACUUAUUUUUGAUCCUGAAAAACAGGAAGUAGCUCUGUUAUGCUGUAAAUUUGGUAAAAAAUUGGUAGCUGGCUGCAAUUCAGCUUCAGUGUGGUUCAUUUAACAAACAUUGAUUUAUUCAAUAAAAACAAUCUAUUUUUGCAGAGAAAGAAAGAGACGCAGGAACAA